CGAGGUGCAAACACCAUGACCGCCGACGCAUCGGGACAUGCGAUGACAACGCGACUCUCUGCCAACGCUCAGCAAAACCGGAAGCCACCAUCGACGCAUAUGUCGAGCGCACCACUAGGCGCAUUGCGUAUGAAGAACUCCCGCCUUGCAACGACAACAGGGAAAUCUGCCCUUCCAACUCGAGGCUUGGUCGUCCAGAAGAAGCGGGCACUGACAAUCCCGAUCAGCCCCAAUUUUUCGAAACCUCGCGUGUCUACCGUCCGAAAGCCGUACCAGCCUACCGUAGCAGCUCCCAUUCCUCGACCGUCCAAGGCUCCACAGAAAAAGCGAGCACUGACAGUCCCCGUGAGCCCCAAUCUGUCCAAAUCACGGUUUCCAGUUACUAAACCACCCCUUCCCUUACGCGAAAAAGUCAAACCCAAGCAAUGGAACACCCCCCUGAAGCGAACGUUGACGCAACCAAGGACACCCAAAUUCACCAAGCGACCCGUGCGACGAACGUCCGAGCGUCUAAGUGCCACGUCGAAGGAGCUGCUUGAAAUCGAAGCGAAGCGACAAGACGUCAUGCUCGAACGUCGCAAAACCCAGCAAUACCAUCAAGUCACCCAGGGACUUCGCAAUUCUGGCGAUGCCAACGGAAAAACCAAGUUCCGCAUGACGUUGCGGUCGGCGGGCGUGAUUGGCGUCCCUGCCAUCCGCCGCCCCAAGUUGACUUCGUUCCGAGAGUUCCACUUCUCAACUGACUCACGAGCCUUAGUGAAGCAGACGAAGGAAUCGCUCAAGCGCAAAAUGGCACCAGCCCCUGUGUCCAGCUCCCCCGGGCGUCCCACUCAGCGCCGAAGGAUCACUGGAAAACAGCAUUAAUCUGUUAACUUUAGCAUACAUAAUUGAUCUAACGUAAAAAACCAGUUUAAGAUAACUUUUUUG